AUGUCUUCUGUAUUCCUCAGGACUUGGCUCCGUGCGUUCCGUUCCGUUCUGUCCCUGUCCUUGUCGAUCUGGGCCGCAAGUUCCACAGCUCAUGACGCUGUAGCAUUGGCCACAGCAGCGCCACCUCCUCAGCUCGGUCCCCACGUCAAAGGACACUGCCUCAGCUCGGCCCCCACACUAAAGGACACUGCCAGCGCUGGUCUCCAACUCAUGGCGGUUCAGUCGUCUCUGGCCUGUCCUCUCCCUCUCUCUGCCCUUGUGCCGUCCAACGCCCUCGAGCAUGGGCCCAGCAUCAAGUACGCACAGGUGUCCUGA